UAUUUGUCGAACUUUAUAUGUGUGUAGUGCCUAAAGUUACGUUUCUCUAUGUAUUUCGUCAAAUCUGUCGAUUUAAAAUCACUGAGUUCCCAGCGUCGCUCGAACGUACAUUCGCGAUUUUGUGUUGAAGAAAAAUGGCACAAAGAUUUCCCGUACCAAAUACAGGAAAUAAUGGACCUCCUUCUCAGAGGUAUCCACCAUCAUCUGUACCACCAAAUUUACGCCAGUAUUCUGGACCUAAUUUUCCGAUGCAGCAAAGAUCUGGCUUUACUCCACCACCUCAAAUGGGCAAUGCUGGACCUGGUCCAGGAGGCAUAAUGAGACCAAACCAACCUUAUUCAAACAUGCGUCAAGGACCGAUGCCUACACCUCCUGUUGGAAAAAGAAGUACAGACCAACGCAUCCCUAUGUCACAGCAAAAGCCGUAUUUUUGGAACAGUGAUUUUUCACAUUCCACAUCGAAGAAAAAGAAGAAACUGGCGGAUAAAAUAUUGCCUCAGAAAGUACGAGAUUUGGUGCCAGAAUCGCAAGCAUACAUGGACCUGCUUGCAUUCGAAAGGAAAUUGGAUGCAACUAUAAUGCGGAAACGCCUCGAUAUUCAAGAGGCAUUAAAGCGUCCGAUGAAGCAGAAACGAAAAUUGCGGAUUUUUAUUUCAAACACAUUUUAUCCAGCUAAGGAAGCUGGUGAAGGAGAAGAAGGAUCUGUGGCAUCCUGGGAACUUAGAGUCGAAGGUCGUCUUUUAGAUGAUACAAAAAAUGACCCUAAUAAGGUAAAACGUAAAUUCUCGUCCUUUUUCAAAAGUUUAGUGAUAGAGUUAGACAAGGAUUUGUAUGGUCCUGACAAUCAUUUAGUUGAAUGGCAUCGUACCUUAACCACCCAAGAAACUGAUGGUUUUCAAGUUAAAAGACCUGGUGAUAAAAACGUACGCUGCACUAUACUGCUCCUUCUUGAUUACCAGCCUUUGCAGUUUAAAUUAGACCCACGAUUAGCACGAUUAUUAGGCGUACACACACAGACGCGGCCCGUCAUUAUAUCCGCUCUUUGGCAAUAUAUAAAAACACACAAGCUCCAAGAUAGUCACGAACGAGAGUUUAUCAACUGUGAUAAAUACUUGGAACAGAUAUUUGCAUGUCCGCGAAUGAAAUUUGCUGAGAUACCGCAGCGAUUAAAUCCGCUAUUACAUCCGCCCGAUCCUAUUGUGAUAAAUCAUGUAAUAAGUGUGGAAGGUACGGAAACAAAGCAAACUGCCUGCUACGAUAUCGAUGUGGAAGUUGACGAUACAUUGAAGACGCAGAUGAAUAAUUUUUUGCUAUCUACCGCCAGUCAGCAAGAAAUUCAGAGUCUCGAUAAUAAAAUUCACGAGACAGUCGAGACGAUCAAUCAGUUGAAAACAAACCGUGAAUUUUUCUUAAGUUUCGCCAAGGAUCCACAACAAUUCAUCAACAAGUGGAUUAUCUCUCAGACCAGGGACUUGAAGACCAUGACGGAUGUUGUUGGCAAUCCGGAGGAGGAACGAAGGGCCGAAUUUUAUUAUCAGCCAUGGGCGCAAGAAGCAGUUUGCCGUUAUUUCUACACGAAGGUGCAGCAGAAACGGGCAGAGUUGGAGCAGGCACUGGGUAUCAGAAAUUCGUAAAAACAAAAAAACUAUCAACGUCGUAUUUACAAAUUCUUAUAGAAUUUAUGUAAGAUAUUCAUAAGUGUUCGCAGCCUAUUAUUUACAACAUGGCGCUAUUAUGUCUUAUCUUUUCAAACAUAUAUUUGUAACACGAGUUAUAUAUUUUGAUCUAAACGAUAAUAAAAGCGCAUUUAUCUAUUAUACAAGAUAAAUUUUAUGCAUAUGUAUCAAAAUAAAAAUAUAAGAAAGCAAUUUCUUUUUGUGUAUAUAAUGAAUUUUACAAUGACAAAUUUAAAUGAAAUUUUUAUCUAAGAGAAAAUAAAAUUUCGCAAUAAGAGAAUUCGUAGUCGGUGAAAAAAAGAAUAACGCGAUCUUCAUUUUAUCGCAUUUUACGUAAUACUGUUUUAUUACUCUUUUUUUCAUCAUAAGAUUAUGAUGUACCUUGAUGAUCUGUUUUAUUUUUACACUGGCUCUGUUUAGUUUCUGGUUUGGUG